CCUGUUUGGUGCGACUUCUCGGGGAACACUGGAACGUCAGUUUGCCUCGCGAUUUCGUCGAAUUAUGCUUCCGGCGGGCCGGACGGAGACACGUUCCAUUUGCCGAGGACAUUAGCGGCUUAGAAAGAGGGCAGAGCGAACCGAGAUGCAGGAGUAUCGAUAGCUAACCUAGCCGAGUACGAUGUCAGUCGGGACGAAAGUCAGCGAGACGACCACUUGCACAUCGGAGUCUGACGACGGAGAUUACGAGACGUCCAGCGAGGGCCAUAUCCGUCCCACCAAAGGGAAAUCGACCGGCGUCGAUUCUGCGGCGUUGUUACGUUCGGAAUGCGAUAGGGCAGGUCCAAGAUCGGAGGCAGAAGAGUCGGCGAAUACAUCGAGUAGAAGAUCUUCGUUGAUCAAGUCCGAGUCCAUGCCGUUGCUGACGAAGUCAUACUCCAACGAAGAGGACAUCGACUCGGGACAGGUGGUGCAGACGUCCGAGUCGUCCUUGGCUCGUCAGAGGAAGAUCAAGGUGAUCGUGGCGAAGAUGGCGCCACUGUUGUCCCCGUGGUCCAACCUGAGCUUCGCUACCUCGGUCGCUUCGAAGACUAACGUGAACGACGAGGCCAGAAAAGUGGAGUCCAAGAUGACGAUUCUCGAGGUGAUUCGGAGUCUAAAAACAUUAGAUAGCAGGCGUUUUUCGCGACUGUUUCUUUGCAGCGUCUUUUUUGCGAUGAUCAUGAUGAAACAGCUGGGGUCAACUGGUACCCAAUGACCUAUAAUACCCUAAUCUUCACUUGACAUCGAUUUUAGGACACAGAAAGUAGGCCAUAUUUGCGAAUUUUUUGCAGCGAAACUAGGCGACCUAGAUCCAAAAUUC